UUUUGUUUUCACACGUGUUUACCCGCGAAGUAGUAGAACUUGUGUGAAUAUAGGAAUGUAUGAAUUUAAGUAAAUAGGAAAUAUGCUGCUGUAAAUCGGUGAAAACUCCGAAUGUGUAUGUUAGAAUAUUUUUUACCGAACGCACUUGACAUUCAAUAUUUGUGAAUUAUUUGUUUUCGAAGUUACCGGUAAACUUGUUCGGGCAACAACCCGGCGAGAACCGUUAUUCCGUGUGUGUUACAGUUCCUCGCUCGAGUUUCAUCGAGUAGUUUUGUUAUGGAGCCUUCGGUAGAUGUAGCGCAGCUUGUAGGUAGUAAUGGUUUCGACAGUGCAGAUACAAGUAGCGGUGCAAUUGGAAAUGAGUGCGUGAAAGUGUUAAACGAAGUACAGGUAGCUGUUGAAACAGAAAACCAGGAAAAUCAGUGCCAAAUGAAACCUGUUCCUCUUGAAAUUGCAACUGACAACGAAGGAAAAGUGGAAGUGAGUGAUGAUAUACGUGGAAACGACGGCGAAAUUACCAGUUUUCCCACCAAAGAUACAAAUGAGGUGAAAACACAGAAUGCAGAAAAGUCUACUAUCGAAGUUCUUAUGAAGGAAGAUGAAGUGUCCACUGUUAGAGAAGAGGCGGGGAAAAAUGAGAUGAUAAGUGCUGCACUGAAAAAAGAGGAGACAUCCACUGUUGAAGAUGUAGCUGAAAGAAACGAGACAUCCAGUGUUAAAGAUGUAGUGGAAAAAAAUGAAGCAUCCACAACUGGAGUUGUAGUGGAAGAAAACAAAGCACCAACUGUUGAUGAUGGGCUCAGUACAAAUGAGACAGCGACUGCUAAAGAUUUUGGUGGAAAAGAGGAGGCAGCAAAUAUUGAAGGUGUGCUGGGAAAGGAUGAAGGAGAAGGUGAAGUUUCUCCAUGCUCCCAGGAGGAUAUGUUUGCUUCAGAACCACCAAGCCCUGGCAUCAUUCCCUGCAGCAUAGGGAAUACUGUACCUACAGAAGUUACUGAAGAAUGUACUAAAGAUGAAAAAAUGGAAGUGGAUAACAUGGCAGAUUUGGUAGGAGAGGGACGUGCAUCUAAGCGACAGCAUGUGGAAUCAGAUGAUGACUGCACAGAAAUGAAGAAAAGUUCAGAUGCAGAAGGAAAUCUCCCAAAGAGGGCACGACACAGUGUAGAGAUUGUAUUUGAAUGCCCAAAAUCACAGGAGGCACAAGAUCUACCAGUGUCAUCCUCUAUGAACCGUUCAGAAGAACUUGAUCUUACUGGGGGAACAGAAGAAUCAAUUCAUUUACAUUACUCACCAUCUCCUGAAUAUGAUAUUCCAGAAACUCAGUUCGAGCCAGAUCUAAAUCCACGAGCACCGUCUUUAACAACUGUUGUUAUAGGAUCCGAUGAUGAGGAUGCAGAAACUACUGACAAACCAGUUGCCACUGCACCCGUUACAGAAUGUGCAACAUCAUGUUUGGCUGUGAACACUGGAAAUGAAGACACUCUGGAUGCAUCAGUUCACAAAUCCCAAGGACCUGAUAAUAAUGACAACUCUCGUACUGAAACAUGCGCAGUUGUUGACCCUAAAGCACCUUCAGACGUAGAGGCACCUGUACACAGAUGUCCAUCUCCACCAAAGGAGACGACCCUGCUGGCAAAAGAUGAUGGACGUACUUCUUUGCCUCACCGUAGUUCAUCACCAAGCCAGCAGAAGUCAACACAGUGCUUUCGAGCACCUACACAAGAAAUAUCAUCUAAUACUGACCGUGUGGUGGAGGUGACUAAAGAUGUACUGCUUCAUGCACAAGUAGUUCUGCAUUACAGAGAAGCAUCCAAAGAAGUCAUCUUUUAUGAACUCACACAGUGUGAUGUUGCUGAGGGAAUGACUCAUUCGACAACAACAGAAACCUCUUCAGGCACACCAAUGCUUGAUUCUAAAAAUACUUCUCCAGGAAGUGUUACAAGUGUCGGUCCUUUUCCACUGGCAUUGCGUGCAUCAACAACAUCGAGCAGUUCAUCCUCCUCAUUGACCAGUGCUGCUCAUUUGGCACUAUCAAAUGCAAGCAAACGACUGCGCACUGGUGUGGAAGUAUUGAACCUAGACUUAGUGGCUUCUGCUAUUCGGAAAAUUGGUCCUGAACAGUUACCAGUUCCAUCGGCAGUGUUUGCUGGCCAUAGAUUGCGAACAACUGCACCACCUUCCACUUCAAAUAAAACAACUGACACUGCAGAUGAUCUCAAGAAAGAGGACGUAGAUACCAAAGAGACUGUUGGCACUGAUCGCACUGUCACCACACCUCUCACUUCAGAAAAAAAUCAACGAAAUACAACACGAAAACGAGGCAGAGCUCGUGGAGGAAGCAGCCGGGGCCGUUCGAGUGCUCGGGGUCAGGCUCGCACUCAGCCAUCUCCUCUACCAUCAGAACCUUUAACAUGGGGUACAGAAGAUGCCUCUCGCUUUAAGGGCAUGCUUCAUCCAGGUGUUAGUGCCUUCGCUCGAUGGACUGAUAAAAGGUACUACUCUGCAAAGUUGUCAGAGAAACAACGAGAUGGCCGGUGGCUAGUAGCGUUUGAUGAUGGUUCAGUCAAAACAGUUAAAGAGGAUUUUGUGAUUCCUGUAGAAACACUAACCAAGGGAACACUUGUUUAUGCUACACUACCUGAUGGGUCAUGUGCAGAUGGGAUUGUUUCAGCCUUGUUUGUUCAGGAUAAUGAAGAACAGUAUGGCGUCGAGUUAGAUGAUAGGGAAGUAAUUGUGCCACGACGUGACAUUUUUCUUACUGAGGAUCAAGCACGAUUGUUGCUUGAAGGAGCCACUGUGACGUUGCCUGCACCGAGCACACCGGGUCGUUUGGCUGAUGUUGAUUUGAACAACGUAGUGGCAGGAAAGCGCCUUCGUACACCAACUCAUGCUGCUUCGGGACCUGCGACACCUCGUACCCCAGGGCCAAGUGGGAAUGCAUGUCCCAAUAAGGUAUCUCGAUCAUCAUCACCUAGUGACCGUGGAUCGGUGUCAGGUGCAACAACGGAUGAUGCAGUUUCAGUUGUUGGUGUGGAACCUGAAGGUGAAGGAUGCAAGCUUGUGCCUGUAGCCACAAGUAGCUCCCGUGGGAAGGGGAAAGUUUCUGCCAAAGGCAAAGGAAAGGCGUUAUUUGCUACCACUAACAUUUUAAAAGAGUCUACUGAGCUUGAUGAAACCCUGGGUCCAAUUCCACCCAAAGAUAGCAAAAUUUUUGAAGGGAUGAUUUUUUUGCUGACAUCAGUAGAUUUUGAGCCCAACAAAAGCUACGAAAAGGUGCAUGAAAUCUGUUCGGAUUCAGAAGGUGAGCGAGAAUUCAGCAGUUAUCGUUUCGUCAAAGACCGCUUGAGAAUGCAGUUGGAAGCUGGAGGUGGCACUGUGCUGGAGUCCUUGGAUGAUGUUCCUGAGGACCGCUUGCGUGAUACUAUUCUUAUUGCUAAUCGACCUUGCCUAACUGCAAAGUAUAUAUGUUGCCUAGCCAAAGCAGUGAAGAUUAUUAAUCAUGAAUUUGUCAUCCAAAGAACAAAGGGUGAUAUGUGUUCACCAAAUGCUUAUGGCCUACCACUGGGCUGGUCACUUUUAGAUGAACGCUAUGUAGGAAAUGGUAUUGAUCUUGGUGCAGUUCAGAGGACACGUAAAGGUGGUUCCCGACAGUUAUUGAGCCGGAAAAAGCUAGUCUUAGUUCAUGAAACUCCACAAUUUCUUGCCUUUUGGCAAAAAGUUCUUAAUGAUCUAGGGGCCAAGACAACCACUUACUCACCUAAUGAUGCUACAAAAGCAGAUGCAGAACUGAAAAGUUCAGAUGCUAUUAUCUCAGAUGCGUCAUGUCCACCACAGAUCCAGGAAAGAGCACGUGAAUGGCAUAAACCUCUUAUUUCUACAACGUGGAUCACACAGUGCCUCAUCAAUAGGGAAGUUUUAGCAUUUGAUGCCCUUCCUAACUUCAAAUAUGAUUUUUCUGAUUGAGUUGUAUCAUUAAUUUGAAUUGAUUCAUUUUUACACGAACAUUAGUGCAGUUUUGUUUGUUUUCAGUGUACCUGUAUUUGUAUACAUGACAGCUUGUUACUAUGAAAGGAAGAGGCCCAUUUUUUGUACAUUUGUUGUAUGUGUGUUUCUUUUGAUAUGUGUAAUGCAAGACUGAUUUGAGAUCUGAACUUAUUGCAGACCAUAAAUUCAUUUCAGGACUUGUUUUUGUCUUUUUAGUUUAUUUAUAGAAUCGUAGUACUAUUCGUUCACUGUGAGUAUGUAAAUGAAUGUAUAUUCAUUGUGUUACUGUUGUGGGCUUUUGCUGUAAAGUCUUAUCAGUGUUCUUUUAUACUAAUUUUAUGCUUAUAUUGCAUGGAAGAUGAGCAAUGAAAAUAAUGUUCAUAUUCGUAUGAACUUUUAUAUAUUGACUGUUAUAUUUUGUAAGUGUAUGUCAUGAAAAAGAUGAGGAUUCAGAUCACAGUAUUAGUUGUUUUAAGUUACCAGUGUUUGCUGUGAAUAGUCAUGGAAAAAAUAUACUUCUUUUGAAAGUGA